UAAUGCAGGUAUCCUGCUCAUCCUUUUGAUGGUAGAUAGAGUUUUCCUGGCAUAGGCGAAUUCCAGUGUUAUGAUAAAUACAUGUAGUUAAAGCAAUUUAAUCUUGUGCUAUUGGUUUGGUUGUUUGAUGAUGCUCACAAGAUCAACUCCCCUUCAGGAUGGAGGACUUGAAGAUGGCUGCUUGUCAAGAAGGAGUGCCUCAGUGGGGGAACAGAGGACCAGAAUGCUGGGUGUUACAACAAUCUUACAUCAAGGGUGCCCUUUUUUGAAGGAGAGAAAAGCUUUCUAUGUGCUGCUUGGAAACGAUGGACAGUGAAACCCCGUCUAAAUAUUUUUACAGCCCUGAAGGAUUACUCCAACAGAUGAGGUCUGUUUCAAAGAAAAGGAUAAUACACAUGAUAGGAAGAAAUACAAACCAGCGGUUUGACAAGAUUGGACCGUGGAAAAUACAUUCAAACUGUUACCAUCCCCAGGCAGAAGCUAGAUGGGGCAAAUCGAGAGGCGUUAGAUAGUUUUCUGGAGUUUCUCGCCCUGAACGUGUAAAGAAAGCACCAUUAAACAUUAAAUCUCCAAUUCCGGUUCUUCCACUCAGCACCAUCUGAAUCUUCCCGUUCCAUCACCUGAAUGAGAAAUAAAUUCUUCAGAACACAGGGAAAGCUGACAGAAUCUGUUGGAGAAAAGUUUUUAAGGUUGAUGAUGUAGAAUGCUAUCUUAUGUUCUACCUGCCCCGAAGAAAUUGAAGGUGAAAGUAACUUGCAUGUUCUUGUGGGCUACAUAUUCAUCAUUGGACCCAUAAGCGUGACUAUAUUGUGAUGCGGCAUGUGGUUGUUAGAGAAAGUUAGCCUAUCAUGGCACCUUGCCAUCUUUCCCCUAUUUAAUUUUUGAAAUUUUAAUAAUAAAAAAUUGAAAAUUUU